CCCUCAUGAGUCUGGAGAGUCAGUCAGUGGAGGAGAGGAGCUCCGGGAGCAGGCUCAACUUUCCCCGGGACACACGUCAUGACUCUCUACCACGGCCGUCUGCCGUCGCUCGGAGUGCCAUCCUCGGCUCUGAGCCUCUCUGGUCCCCCGCUGAUCUACUUGUAUGGUGGAGACAGGGGAGGGGUCGUGCCUGCUGCCCUGAGCUUUGUGCCGGCCCGCCAGGAGCCUCCGCAGAAGCCGCCCUACAGCUACAUCGCGCUCAUCGCCAUGGCCAUCAAGAGCGCACCGGAACAGCGCGCAACGCUCAGCGGCAUCUACCAGUUCAUCAUGGACCGGUUCCCCUUUUAUCACGACAACAAGCAGGGCUGGCAGAACUCCAUCCGCCACAACCUCUCCCUGAAUGACUGCUUCAUCAAGGUGCCCAGAGAGAAGGGCCGGCCCGGCAAAGGCAGCUACUGGACGCUGGACACGAAGUGCCUAGAUAUGUUUGAGAACGGAAACUACCGCCGGAGAAAGAGGAAGGCGAAGAGCCAGCAGGAGCCCCUGGACCCCAAAGCCGCUGGACACAAGCGCACCAAGGGACCAUCCAGGGACCCUCGAUCCUCUCUGAGACCUCAUUCUGGCUCGGGGAUAACAGAGGUACCAGCGAGGCAGGAUGCGGAGAGGAUGGAGACACAACCAGACACCAAAGCUGUUCUUGUAGAAUAUAACCACGCUGAACAGCCGCAAACACCCCCCAUUCAGAGACUUAACGUGUCCCCCAACCAAGACACCCUUGCGUCCAAUGGGAGGAGGCUUGACGCCCCCCUACCAGAGCCAUGUCCCGCGCCGAGACACGCUUCGUUGUGGAUGGACGGUGUGAAUCUCCCAGACGCGUCCCUCCGCCGAGAGGCAGAGGCCAGAAGGUCAGCGUUCAGCGGAAGACAAAGAGAAAGAGGUCCGCUCUGCGCCGUCAGCUGCGCAGGAAACACAACGUUGGCUUCACUUGCGCAGGACAGGCCGAAAGGAAAUGUUGUGAGCAGGGAUAAAUCAAAAGCUUUUAGCAUUGAGAGUAUCUUAUCGAAAAGUGAAGACGAAAUGCGAAGCAGCAUCCUCAGCUUGUCAGCGGAGACAUGCGCAGAGCGCCAAUGCCCCGCUCUCAGUUCGUCUGUGGUCCUCGGUGCUCGACCGCAUCAGUUUUACCAGAUGGGAUUCCCCUUUUGCUCUUACCUGGCACUCGCCUACCCCGACAAAGUACUGCAUUUUAAAUGAGGACACUGAAUUUAUACUUUGAUGGAUUUUACGCAUGGAUGCGUAAAAAAUGUCUGUAAAGCUUUGCAUGAGUUACUAUGAGACAGCUUACUGUUCUGCUUACUGUUUUUUCUGGAUUUCUGCCAUCUUCAUCAUCUAAAGUACUGUUCAGACAAUGAAAAUGAGCAGCAGGGAGGUUUAAGAUUUUAGACAUUUUUACCCAUGUAUAAUUGUCAGGUUUGUGGAUAUUUUUACCUGUUGCUCCUCAAAGUCUGGCUGUGCAAUUUAAUGCAUGAUACAACAAUGGGGGAAUAGUAUAUAAGGAUGUCGUCAUUGUCCUGUGACUAUACAUAUAAAGCUCAAAUAUGUAGUAUUUCUCUCUUCAUACAUGACUAAGAAAAGACUUAGUGUAAAUAUGGUUGCGUAAUCCAAAGAAGUAUCUUGAAUGUCGUGGCUAGCCCCGUGUAGCCUUCACAGUAUCUUGGCACUCUGGAGAUACAGUACAAUAUAAGAAUAAAGUUUAGCUCAAUAAUGUAAUCAAAUUAUAUUUUACAUUCAAC